AUGCCUCGAUAUCGUAGAACAAAAUUUCGAACAAAUGAACCGGAGGUCUACGGCGAACCGCCGGUCCAGAGAAUCAGCCAUGCAGCUCGGAUCUACGGGCUGAGUGUCAUCCUGGCCGGGAUCGCCCUGACGCAGUGGGUCAUAAUUAGUUUGACUGAUCUAAUGAUACACGACAGAGCCGAGGAGCGCUACGGCUGGUGGCUUAUGUGCACCUUCUUCGGGGUGGCCACCUUGAGCUGGACCAACGUCGGCCGCAAGGUGCCCUACAACUACAUCCUCAUCGCCGCCAUCGUGGAGAGCUCCACCAUCUAUAUAGCCAUGGAGCAGAAGCACAGCGCCAAUAGGCUGGUAAACUUUUACGCAGGCGUCGUGGUGGUCGCCUUGAUGCUGGCCUCCAUUUUCUGGGGCGCCUACUUUCCCAUGUUCAUUGUGCCGGGCGAUCUGGUGCUGAGCAUUUUGGUGGCGAUAUCCAACAUAAUGAUGAUUAUAUUCUUUAUCAAUGCCCUUUUCAUCGACUACCAGGGGAUAUACGAUGCAGUGCGGAACAUAUUCGCCGUGGUGGCCAUCUGCAUGGUUAUGUACACGGCCACCAUUAUCCACGAUCGCCAGUUCGAUGUGCCCAAGAACGAGUAUCUGUUCCUCAGUGUCCUGCAGUUUUUCUCCUACAUGAUCCUGCACGAACGCAUCCUGGCCCUCGCCUAUCACAGUACUCGUACAAUCUCUUGUUAGAUUCUUUGACAAAUAUGACAAAAUAAAUUGAAAGAUCUCCACUUGAACA